AUGUCAAAAUAUCAUUUCUGCGACCAGCCCCUGGUCACCAGAAUUAACAGUCUAAAGCACCAUAAAUCUCCAGCGCUCUCAUACUUGCUUGACCCCUUAAUGAGAGGCUCCAACUACUGGUUUUAUUUUAUCAAAUUGGACAUGCUUCAGCACCAAAUCAAGAACCACAUGUGCGUGUUCAAGGAGACACAGCACUUCACUGCUCCAGGUUCACGAAAGCAUCUGCUGGUCACGCCAAAAUCUGCACCGCUUCUGUUUAUUCAGUGCUUUGAAACACACCAUCCAACUGCUUGUAAUUCUCCAGCUGCUUGCAAUUUGAAAAAAGGAUGCCACUGA